UGUGUUAGAUAUACUGAAAAACGUACGAAUAUGGAUAUCACUACCAGUCACCUCUUGCUUAUGUCUUUAUUAAUAAUCCAAGGCAUCACUUUAACAAAAAGCGAGGAUCAACUACAUUUAAAUGAAAAAAAUAAUCCGUUAGAGAACCUUAUACUGCAUGAUAAUACACAGGAAAAUAAAAACCAAAAUACAGAUCAAGAUAAUGUUAGAGUGAAAAGGCAGUUCGGCUACUAUCCCUACGGUUAUUACCCUCGCCCGUAUCCAUUACCAAUACUUGUAGGCGGUAUCGGAAUUGGAAUUGGCAGACCAGGGUUUGGUUUCGGAAGACCUAGUUUUGGUGGACGAGGGUUUGGAUUUGGAAGGCCGGGUUUCGGCGGUAGGGGAUUUGGAGGCAGAGGAUUUGGCGGCCGCGGUUUUGGUGGGUUUGGUGGACGUGGAUUUGGUGGAUUUGGUGGAAGAGGUGGACGGGGAUGAAAUAAUUACUGUGAUAUUUAAUUUAAAUAUAAGUUAUAAAGAUAAACU